UCUAUAUACAACACACCAAUAUUUAUUUGGUUACUUUUUAAAAUUAUUACAAGUUCUCAGCAGGACUGCAAAGCUAAGUUUGCUGAAAUUGUCACAAUGAAGCUGUUUCUUAUAUUACCACUUCUAGUAACAGUUGUUACUGCACAAUUUGGAGGUUUUGGCGGCUUGGGACAAGUUGGCAGUGCAAUUAAUAGAGGAGUUGGAAGCUUGGCUUCACGUGUUCAAUCAUUGCCAGUUGUUAACAACGUUGCAAAUUUUGCAGAUUUCGCUGCACAAACUGGUAAAACCUAUGCAGAUGCCGCUGAGCGCACUUUGCGUGAAAAUUUGUUUACGGCUAGAAAGAGUUUGGUUGAUGCUAAUAACGCCGCUUUUGCUGCAGGAGGAAAAUCCUAUGAAUUAGCAGUAAACGCAUUCGCUGAUCUCACAAGUGGAGAAUUUUUGUCAAGACUUACAGGCAACAAAAAAUCAGCACAAGGAGAAUCCAAAGCUAAGGCGCAUCGUCAGCUCGCUAAACCCAAAGCUGGACCUGUUCCUGAUAGCUGGGAUUGGCGCGAAAAAGGCGGAGUUACACCUGUUAAAUUCCAAGGUGAAUGUGGUUCAUGUUGGACAUUUGCAACAACUGGAGCUAUUGAAGGUCAUAUAUUCAGAAAAACUGGCAAACUUAUUAGUCUUUCCGAACAAAAUUUGGUCGACUGUGGUAAAGAAGAUUUUGGUUUGGUUGGUUGUGAUGGCGGUUUUCAAGAGUAUGCAUUUGAAUUUAUAACUUCAAGUCAAAAGGGAAUUGCUUUUGGAGAUAAAUACCCAUAUUUAGAUAAAAAAGAUAAAUGUUCUUAUCAAAAUGGUAUUAAAGGAGCAGAAAUAAAAGGUUUUGCUGCCAUAACCCCAAAAGAUGAGAAAACUAUGAAGGAAGUAAUUGCAACUUUGGGACCUCUAGCUUGCUCUCUUAAUGGUUUAGAAUCAUUAUUGUUAUAUAAAAAAGGAAUAUAUGCUGAUGAAGAAUGCAACAAAGGUGAGGUAAAUCAUUCAGUCUUAGUUGUUGGAUAUGGUAGUGAAAAUGGUCAAGAUUACUGGAUUGUUAAAAAUUCAUGGGAUAAGAACUGGGGAGAAGAUGGAUAUUUCAGAUUGCCACGCGGAAAUAACUUUUGUGGUAUUGCUAUGGAAUGCAGUUAUCCAGUUGUGUAAAAAAAUAGAUUUAAGUUAAUCUAAAUUUUUUGUAUUUGGUAAAUUUGUUUAUAAAAAUGAACGAUAUUAA